GCACACGUGAUAUGUGCGCACUGGUCCUGAUUAGCUGACAAACAGCUGAUGAACAUGGCAAGGACACAGUUUAAAGGACAGACGGGAGGAAGGCAUACUGUGUAGAAAUAACCACAAUGGAACAUACAAACUAUUUUUAGGGUGCGACCGAUUAUUUAUUAUCGUCCCGCAGUAGUCUGUGACCUUGGGAUUUUGACAGAUUUUGCUUAGAACCGGCGAUUUGGAAUUCUACAUAUCUUUCAUAUACCGAAUUUCAUUUAGCUAAGGUCGAGCCCAUUUAGCAAUGGAUUUUAUAUUGAGCGGGGCAGCUGCCUGCGGAGCUUGCCUGUUCACUAACCCACUGGAGGUUGUGAAAACUCGAAUGCAAUUACAAGGAGAGCUCAAAAACCGAGGGACCUACCAGAUUUACUACCGCAACGUUUUCCACGCUUUUUACACUAUCGGCAAAGUAGAUGGACUAGCUGGUUUACAGAAAGGGUUGGUACCGGGACUUGUCUAUCAGUUUUUCAUGAAUGGAGUUCGGCUUGGGUCGUAUUCAAUCAUUGAGUCAUCUGGAUACAUCCACACGGAUGGGAGGGUUAGUGCUGCUAAAACCACAGUAGCAGGGGCUGCCGCUGGAGUAGUGGGGGCAGUGAUGGGAAGUCCCAUCUACUUGGUGAAGACUCACAUUCAGAGUCAGGCCACUUCCUCUAUAGCUGUUGGACAUCAGUAUCAACAUCAGGGGAUGGUCCAUGCUCUGGCAGCGAUCCACAAGCAGCAUGGUAUCCUAGGCCUGUGGAGGGGCUCCAGUGCAGCUGUACCCAGGGUCAGUGUGGGGUCAGCUGCUCAACUCUACUCCUUCGCUGCCUCCAAGGAGCUUGUCGUCGACCUACAGGUGUUCCCAGAGGGCAGCUGGCUGGUGGCUCUGUGCGCAGGGAUGAUCAGCAGUGUGGUGGUGGUGGCAGCCAUGACACCCUUUGACGUGGUCAGCACACGGCUCUACAACCAACCUGUGGAUCAUACAGGCAAGGGAGAGCUCUAUAAAGGUUUUGGGGACUGCUUCUCGAAGACACUGAAGAUGGAGGGUGUGACAGGGCUCUACAAAGGCCUGGGUGCAUCCUACUUCCGUCUGGGGCCACACACCAUCCUGUCUCUACUGUUCUGGGAUGAACUAAGGAAGCUCUGGCAGCAGCACAGAUAGUAGCCGGCAGGCAGGACAAGCUCUACUCUGCCAGCAACACAGAUAGUAUCAGGAAAGGGAAUGGUCGCGUUCCAGGCCAUCUACAAAGCAGUUGCGCUGCAUAAAUGAUCCAAUGAUUGCCACGUCAUCUACAUUGCACCUGCUCAGGCCCACGUGUUCACACUGCAACUAUGCGCAUCACGUAUGUCUCAACCCCCCCAUCC